CAUGCGCACGCUUAACCCAGCCGCGCGCCGCCACCACGUAAACAUGGACGCCUGAAUUCCGUCUUAUAGCGAAUUAUCAGCUGUGAAAAUGGCGACCGGGAGCACAAAUCCUUUCAUGGUAUGAUACUGCUGACCUGAGAUCCCCAACAAGUUGACAGCAUCCAAAUACCCCUUGACGAUAUACACUCUGUCUCUACUCUAUUGGGAGCUGAGUAAAUGAAGGUUUGAUGCAACAGAGUGCCAUAAAUGCUACACAAUAACUAAUCAGGCAACAUGGAGGAUCUCCAUCGCACUACAUGUACAGAAUUGGAACGACUAGCUGCUGCUGCAGCCACUAUGGGCUACUCUGAAUCUCUAGCAGCUACUCACCAACCUCCCCUCUCUGUCAGUGCCCCUGUUCUGCCCCCUCAGUUUCCUCCUGAUCACUAUCAAUGUCAAUACACCCGUCAUGACACACAUCCCAGACCCACAUACGAUCAAGUGCCAAGACCACCACCCAUAGCCCACCACCAGCCUGCACCACCAGCACAUGCUGUCCCUACCAUACAGUUUGUCACAGACCGCACUCCACAUUAUGGAAGAGGGCAGUUUGUUUCUAUGGUUGAGAUGCAGUACAAUAAUCCCCCUAUUGUUGCAAUUACUACACAUCCUGAGCCACAAUACCAGCCUCCUCCGCCUCUUGAACCUGUACCGCAACCUGUUUUACCAACACCUGCAGCUGUUACAGAAAACAUAAUAAAGGGAAAGAAGAAAUCAAGUUCAGUGUCAGGAAAGAAAAGAAAGAAUAGUGAUCGAAAUAAAGAUGGGUCUGUUGAUGGGGAUCACCUUGAACGAGAUGAUGAAAAGGACUUGAAUGUGUUAGAAUUGCCUUCACCUAUUGCAGAUGCUGGAGGUGGCUUUAUAUUUCCAUGUGUUUUGUGUGGUGUGAAUUUGCCUUCUCCUGAAGCCUGGCAAGACCAUAGUGCAGAACAUUCCAAUAAUGUAAAUCGAAGGAGAAAUGGACUAUCUCUUGAGGUCAAAAUUGAAAUAAUCAAAAGAAUCAACAGUGGUGAAAAACAGUCUGACAUGGCAGAAGAAUAUAUGGUUAACCGUUCAACAAUCAAGUCAAUAAUGAAAAAAUCCAGUUGUUAUUUACAGUGUUGGAAGAAAGGAAUGUUUCACCCUGACAGUAAGCGGUUGAAAGGGCCCAAACGUGAGGACAUUGAAGCAGCUCUCUACUCUUGGUACAGACAAGCUAUUGCAACUGGUGUUCCUGUCUCUGGUCCCAUCCUAUGCACGAAGGCCCUUGCUUUUGCCAGCAAACUUGGUCACACAGAUUUCAAAGCUACCCAUGGAUGGCUAGAUCGUUUCAAGAAAAGGAAAAACAUUGUAUUUGGUAGAGCACCAGCAAGGAGAAAGAGAGAAGAGGAGGAUAACAGUACUCCAGAACUUAAACCUGGUGAGUGGCAAACAUCUGUAUUACAACAGUUGUUACUGGAAUAUGAUCCUGGUGACAUAUUUGCUGUUGAAGAAAUAGGAAUUCUUUAUCGCACUUUACCAACUACUGCACCUUCUCUCUGUGGUGAAAGAUGUUCAGGAGGUGUUCGCAGUAGAUUGCGACUAACAAUUUUGUUAUGUGGUAAUAUGACCGGAGCAGAAAAGUUUCCAUUACUUGUGGUGGGUAAACAUCCAAAGCCAUCCAGCUUUCGUCAUGUGAAGAGUCUCCCGGUGCAAUAUGUAGCUAAUCAGAAAGCUUGGAUGACAAGUGAUAGUUUUGGUGCUUGGCUUCAAGAUGUAGAUUCUUGGUUUGUACAACAAGGGCGACGUGUAGUAGUAAUUGCAUCAUCCUUACCUAUACACUCCAAACCUCCUGGAGGGUUACGUUCUGUUCGUUUAGUCACUGCUCCUCAAGGAUUUCUUGGUCCAUUGCGAUAUGGUGUUAUAACAACCUUUAAGCAAACCUAUCGAAGUGGCAUACUGGAAACAUUGAUAAACCAGUUGCAGCGAAAUGACCCCACACAUAACAAACGUGCUCGGCGGCCCAAUACAAAGUUGAGCUUGCUCACUUGUUUACAUCAGCUUGCAACUGCAUGGCAUAGUGUUACAGACACUAUCAUCAGUGCUAGUUUUACACGGGCAGGUGUUAGCAAAUAUGGAGCAUGGGGAGCACCACCUCCACCUCCAGACACAGUUAUGGGAGCUGAAAACUUGACACUAUUACAUCGUUUAAGAACAUUAGGUCUUCAUAUUCCUGAUAUGACCUUUGAUGAUUUUAUCCAUUUUGAUGAUGAUGUGCAAAUAUGUAACCUUAAUAAUGAUGAUGAUAUUCUGGCAAUUGUCACUGGAGCUGAUAAAGAUGAUGACUUGCGGUAUGAUGAUGAAGAUGAUGACGAGGAUAACAGUGAUGAUAAAAAGGAAGAGGAAGAAGAAAGUGGUCCUUCCUUAAGUGAUGUAGAAACUGCUUUUGCAACACUGCGACGACACAUCCAGUAUCGGGAAGGUGCUCAAGCGAUGUUCCGAGUUCUAGCUCACUUGGAGUAUUUAAUAUAUAAAGGUCAGGUAGGUGGAAAGGGGGUUGGAGUUCAACCUACAACACCUAACCCUCAUUAGUCCCCAUUCAUUCAGUUGUAUUUCAUGCAUCUUUCAUUAACCCGUCCACUUCUUCUUGCCUUGGUCAUACAGUCCAAGUCAAUAUUUGACAUUUAUAAUAUAUCAUUUUUUAAAUAUAGAAAUAUACUCAGAAAAGUAUGUCACAUUUAAUCCUGUUUGAUCCAUUCUAAUUUUGUGUAUUGAUAUCUAUUCAGUCACUUUCAAUCUAGGGUUUUGCCCAUGUACAUUACAUAGAAAUAAAAGCCCACUAGGCUUUUCACUUUCUAUAACAUAAUCAUCCAGCAGUGUACUUGUCAUAGGCAAUUAUUCUACCCCAAUAUCAUCCAAUUCCAUUAACCUUGCUACCUUCAUUUCAUGGAAAUCAAAUCCCUCCUGAGUUAACAAGUACAGUAAAUAGGCUAUUAACUACGGUAAUUGUAAGUUUUACAACCCCCUAUCAUUUUCAUGUUUUUUCAUUCAGUGGAGCUGGUCAUUAGUCAUCCUGCCUUAUGACUGUGCCUGCAUCUUAUAGAAAUAUAUAGCACGAAUCUCAACACGCCGUGCUCAUACUCAGCUAGACUAUACAUGAUCAGCUCAUCUUACGUGGUGUGAUGUUACAUCACUGCUCUCAACUGUUCUGUAGUGUCUUGAUGAAAUUGUAAGCUGCCUCUUAUUUUCCCAUUGAACUGUGCCAAAGUUUCCUUGAAUACAUCUUUACUUAUGAUAUUCCAUUUCCAGUUUAAUAUUAUCUACAUGAUCAGAAGGCUUUCUAGGUUAGACCACAUCAGUUCCCCUCAGGCAAUAUCCUGUUCUUCCCAAGGAUGAGACCAGACACAACCAGGUUAGGUCGACAUUUACUCACCAGAGCAGCAGAAAUUUUUGUGAAUGUGCCUGCCAGGCCAUAGUGGGGAAGGAGAAACACUCAGCAUUACACUAUCCUGCCCAGGAUAACCUCCAGAAGGUUCAUUCAUUUACACUCAAAACCCUUCGAAGCUUUAUUCAGUCUCAGUGAGUAUCUUAGGUAUCACUCUGCUAACUGUGAGAUGGUUCUUUCUUCCUGCAUACACUAACUUCACUAGACAAGAGACAUUAUUAUUAUUCAUUUAAGUGAAUUUUGUUAUCAUUCAGUCUGAGACAUUGACCUAGGAAGCAACCUGGUUUCUGUUUGAUCAUUUUUAAUGUUUUGGUGACCAAGUCUGUUGGCACAUACCUUUUGAUUUGGGGCAUUUUGAGUGUGAUGUCUGCAUUGUAUUAGGUUUGUUGAGGUUGUGAAGGGUACUAACUUUUUAGUGGUUCACAGGUUUUUUCAGUCCUGGUCAGACUAGGCAGGAUUAUGUGUUGCUCUGGUUAAGGGACAAGAAUGAUGCAUUAGACCUGGAACUUACUGUGUUUAAAUUCUGUUUUUGUUGCAUUUUCCUUCUAGCAGGAAAUCUCUUAUUCUCUGUGGGAGAAUGACAAUUGUUUUGCAUAUACAGUACAGGGGUACCUUGGUUUAAGAGUUUAAUCCGUUCUUGGAGAUAGCGCGUAACCCGAAAACUCAUAAACCGAAGCUAAUUUCCCCAUAAGAAAUAAUGGGAAAUGAUGUUGACCAGACCACACAUUAGAAAGUGAAGG